AUGGCCGGAUCGCCGUGGUCUUCCCGCCAAGACGCUGGUCUUGGAGCACCCUUGCAAAUGGCGGUGCCAUGUAGCAGUCUGUGCAGCACGCGCAGAAGGGGGUUCCAUCCAGCACCCCUAUUAUCUAUGAGUCAUCGACAGAAGAGCGUACAGCCAUUGUCGUGGGCACGUCAUGCAAACGGCUCAUGGAAACACACUUUUUACGACCAUUUGGCGGCGUUUGCUCUCCUAGUCGCAGUGAGUGUGGCGCUAGCAGUACCUACCACAGCGAAAGUUGAAAAUGGUGAGCGAAGCGGCUGUUACAUGCACAGCUGGCCAGGCAAACGCAUACCCAUAUCCACCAUGCAGCGACAGGUUUGCGACUGCUGCCAUAUAAAGGCAUAUAAACCAUCAGCAUUGGCUGUGCGCAUGCUAGUUUGCUCCUUGCUCAGUGAUCGUGUCUUCAGAACUUCCUAUAGAGCACGUCGUUCCAAGAGCUUUCGAGGGACAUGUACGGACCCCCUAUCAACCCUACGGGUACGCACACCCCUAUCACUGCUGAGCACGGGAGAGUCUACUGUGGCUUCGGAGGGCUCUCAGAAGCAGCCUGGGACACCCAUCGAAGCCUCACAGAGAUCAGUAGCAAAGGCGUAUGGGGAAACGACGCAACAGUUGCCCUUGAGCAAGUCUCAAGGGGAAAUCAGUCAGGGAGAAACAGCAUCAGCUAGCGGCAUGCUACAGGAAGCCAGCACACCAACAUCAGAUACGGUUGAUCCACCUGCUGGAUCUCUCGGGGCAGAGUCAAGCCAGUCAGAUUCUGAAUCACUGAAAUCAUCGACUGCGUCAAACGCGUCUCAGCAGUCAAGGAAGUGCAAUCAGGCUGACGCACAGUGUAGUGAAGGACAGCUGUGGAUGCGCCCUUCUUCCCAGGGGUAUGGCUACUCGCAAGGUACUAGCGUUUUGAGCGGUGUAACUCUAACGGUCAAUUCCAUCAUGGUGCAAGGAGGGGAAGUGACUCAAGUUGCAGCCUACAAAAAUGGGGCCGCGGUCGGUGUCUUCAACCUUACAGCAACUACGCCAGCAAAGAAACGGCUUCUUACCGACAUAUCCGCUAUAGCUGAAAAUCCAGAGGCGAUGUUUGACCUGACUUGGACUGCCAUUUCUCCUACUUCAGGCGUACUGACGCUUAGGCUAGAAGCGAGCUACAAAGCGGCAGCCAGCAAACCAACCAUAUCUUUCAACUUUAAUUUCAAGCACGUCGUGGGGAGGCGCAGCGUCAGUGACAAAGUAACGGCCAGUAUUCCUAAAGAAAUGCUGCUGGACUUUUCCAAUAUCUCGCACUUCAAAGCGUGGCUGGCUGCCAACUCUCACCCACCGGUCUUGAAGAGCGGAGACGGUUUUCAGAUACUAACGAUGAAGCUGAUACAGCAAUCCAAGAAGCGGAAUGAGGUGGCAGGAGAAGCGCAAGCUCUUCGGUGGCUCCAGCAGAUUGCUACGAGGAGCGAACCUGUGCUCUCCGUUGCAGGCGACCUGGAAAGAAACGCUGUUAUUGAGAUCCCUUAUUUCGAUGAUCUGACGUGGCCCGGGCUACUGAAGCUGGGAACUCUUGUCAGAGAUUCUUCAAAAGGCCACGUCCCAGUUGACUCUGUCACCAGCACGAUACCAGGGAUAAAGACGGCAAAGUUCAAUGUGCCGCCAAGCUGGUUCAGCUUGACGCCAGAGCAGCAAUUUAAUGAGUGGACUAGCGGGAGGCUACUGGGGAAAACGGGUGUGUCACCCAGCCAGUUGAACGUAACUGGUCUUUUCGGACCGCAGUACACCGCUAAAAGUCCACCAAUUUUGUUUUUUGAUUAUGAAGGACAACCUUUAGGCUCCAACAAGCAGCGCGACAGUGUUUCUCUUUUUGGAACCCGCACGAUGCCUGCCGACCACGUACCAGAUUAUCUGGCAGGACAGCUGUCGCCUGCUAUCACUGCCACCCUAGUAUUCCCCGGAGGGACUUCCGCCACUCACAAUAUUAGUCCUGUUCGGCCUUGGCACAAGAUCGAGAAAGGAUAUGCUGGUCUGCGAGCCACAUUGGCUCCAAAUGACCCUGAAAAGCAAGGCGCCCUCUUGAGUUAUCAGGUCCCAAUCACCAGGAGGAAUACAGUUGUGAUAAAAUCGCUGUUAAAGAAAGCUCGUCGCGCAGCCGAAUCACCCGAAGGGUGCAACAUUACGAACGCAGCAGGUUUGCGAUUUGAAACAAUCACAGCCGCUGCCACAGUAGAGCAGAUGAAACCGGAAUUCAAGACAAGCAACAAGCAGCAACUUAAUUUCAAAGGAUCAUCAGCAGAGUGCACACGCCUCGGAGCAAUAUUCACAGCUGCCCAUAAACGGGGAGAAUCUGUUGCUCUUUUCUUCAGCGCAACAGUAGGCCUUCCUAACCCAGCAAGACCCUGCAAAACCUGCAUAUCGCUAUACUGA